AUGGAGCGGGGCGGCAGCGGCGAGAACGGAAUGGAGAGAACCGGGAACGGCGCCGGGAACGGCACCGGGAACGGCAGCGGGAACAACGCCGGGAACGGCACCGGGAACGGCACCGGGAACGGCACCGGGAACGGCAGCGGGAACAACGCCGGGAAUGGCAGCGGGAGCGGGCGGGCAGCGCCGCCUGGCGGCCGCGGCCGGGCAUUGCUGUGCCUGGCGCUGCUGCUGCUGCUGCCCCCGGCCCGGGCCCUGCCCAGCGCGGUGCGGGCACUGACCGACCCUGACCGGGCACUGCCCAGCACGGAGCGGGCACUGACCCACCCGGAGCGCCGCCUCAACCGCUCCCGGCAGCUCCUGGAGGCCGCCAACGCCGCCCCGCAGCGGCUGAAGGAAUCCAACACCCUGGGGUUUGAAUGCACCCUCGAGGAGGUGGAUCUGCAUGACAUCACUGAGAACCAGACCAACACCCUCAGAGCCUGCACAGCUGCGGAUCCAGGGCCUGGAAACUGCCCAGUCCUGGAAAAAUCAACUUUUGAUGAGGGAAAAUGCCUGCAGGGCAUCUCUGAGGACGUGAGAGCCUACAGGGCCCAGCUGAGGAGCCUCCCUGACCCGCAGCUGCUGGCAGCCCUCGAUGGGAUGAUGGAGGCCCUGGGCAGCAGCACCGGGCAGGUUCUGGAGGCACUGGGGUCACUGGGACCAUGGGGGUCACUGGGAUCGGCGCCGUUCGCGGCGCGGCUGCGGCUCUGCGCGACGCUCCAGGCCCUGCGCAUCCGCAGCGUCACCAUCUCCAGGGUGCUGAGCUUCCUCAGCUCCCCCUGACCCCGGGGGAACACAAACACACACCCAGCACCCACGGGAUUCCCACAGGUUGGGCCUUUUCAAGCUUUGUUAAAUUCCCGGGUUUGGGAUUUAAGCUACACCUGAGCACCAAAACGUUCCCGACUCUGAUUUACCCGUAUUUAUUCUGCUGAGAGCUGCUCAUGAUAAAUCCUUCUCUUGGGGAUCCCUUCCAACUCAGGAUAUCCUAUGCCAUGGUUUAUUUGGGGUGACAUUCCA